AAUCCAGCCCGGGUUUUUCCGGGAGAGGCGGGAGCGGCAGCGCACGCCUGAGACCUGGGGGAGGGGAAAGAAAAAAAAGGGGGAGGGGAGGGACCUAAGGGCAGGGCAACGAUGGCAGCCCAACUCCCUAUUGUGGCCACCACCCCCGCAAUGGCGCGAAACAGCAAAAAAAGACCGGCCAGUCCGGCGAACAACGGUAGCGGCGGCGGGUACAGCAGCAGCAAGAAGAAGAAAGUCGGAACUGCUGCCUACACCCAGGGUGUUGGUGUGGAGACUGUGAGUGAGAGCAAGGUAGUGACCCCUGACUUUAAUACAGGACCUGUGGAAACCACCCCCAAACCUUUGCCAUUUAAGGACCCCAACUUUGUGCACUCAGGCAUUGGGGGAGCAGUGGCAGGCAAGAAGAACAGGACCUGGAAGAACCUGAAACAAAUUCUUGCUUCUGAAAGGGCAUUGCCAUGGCAACUCAACGAUCCUAGCUACUUCAGUAUAGAUGCUCCCCCUUCUUUUAAACCAGCCCGGAAGUAUUCUGAUAUUUCAGGACUUGUCGCAAACUAUACUGAUCCACAGAGCAAGUUAAGAUUCAGCACGAUUGAAGAAUUUGCUUACAUCCGGAUGCUCCCUUCAGAUGUAGUUACAGGGUACCUGGCUCUGAGAAAGGCCACAAGCAUAGUUCCCUAAGGCUGGUGAAAUUUCUGAGAGGAAGCAUGGAACUUUUUCAAAAGCAGACUUUGGACUCAAGAUUUUGUUUCCAGGAAACAUUCAUAUUGUUGUCAAUCUGAAAAUGCCAGUAUUGUGCCUUGGAAAGAAUGUUUGGUUUUAAUAUAAUUUAAGAUUUUUCCUUAUUUGUUUUUUUAGAAGUUUGACAUUUUCAGCUAAAUUAAAUACUAGCACAGUUUGGGUUUGCCCCAAGUAUUUGACAAGGAAAAUGUAAUAAAACAUCACUUUUUAUUUAUUUCA